AUAAUUGUGGCACCAGGUGGGUGGGCAGAAGUAAAGAGGCAGUAUAAAUGAAGCAUUAGUAGGAAAAAGGAAAAACAACCCCAUCCAUCCAUCCAUAUCGAUGGCAACAGAUAGGUGUAGCAGCACCAAGAAAGAAGAAGAAGAAGACGACGGUAGUACUAGUCACGAGGAGCGUUCCCGGUGCUGCUUCCAGGAAUGGAUGCAACUUCAACGCGAAGACUUAACCCACCUCCUCCUAUCCCUUCACACCCAUAACCACGAAGAAACAAACAAGAACCUAAUCCGAAAUUGCAUCACACACUUCGAAGAUUACAUCACAAGCCGUAGGCACUUAGCUCAAGAAGACGUCUCCCCUUUCUUCGCCCCCACUUGGUGCACCUCCUUGGAGAAUUCCCUUCUCUGGAUCGCCGGCUGUCGCCCCUCCAUUUUCAUUCGCUUGGUGUACGCGCUCUGUGGGAGUGAAGCGGACGCGCGCUUGGGCGAGUGGCUGGAAGGCGUAAGAAACAACAACAGUUGUCAUGUUGGAGGUAUAGGGGAGCUGUCUCCUACCCAGAUGGUGCGUGUGAAUGGGCUACACAUGAGGACAAUCAAAGCGGAAGAGAAACUGACGAGUGAGAUGGCGAGCUCGCAGGAGGACGUGGCGGAUCAGCCGAUAGCGGUGAUUGUUGCGAAGGAGAUGGAGGGGGUAGGGGAGGAGAGUGAAGAGACGAAGAUGGCGUUGGAGCAAUAUGAGAAAGUGAUGAGAGAGGUUAUGGAGAAAGCGGAUGAGUUGAGGUUGAAUACGUUGAAGGAAUUGGUGUUGGAGAUUUUGAAGCCAAUUCAAGCACUUGAGUUUCUGGUUGCUAGUAAGAAGCUUCAUCUUUCUCUACAUCAAUGGGGUAAACGCAGAGAUGAGAAGCAGGGAAGAUUGAGAUCUUAUUUACUAAGUUAAAGACUCUCAACCAAAUGUCAUCAUCAUCUGACUGACUGACCUACCUCGUUUUU